GUUGGCAACAUUGUAAGCUAGAAGAAAAAGCGUUACCGUCGAGAAUUUGACAUUUCUUUGUAGGAAGUGUUUUGCUGUUUAUUUUUCAAUUUUCCUAAUAAUUUUCCGAUACAAUAUGGCCAAUGCGAAUGGGGCAAAUCAGCCUCCCGAAAAUGCUAAUGAGGAUGUGUUUUUUCCCGUACGUGAAGGAAGUUUCUUCAAACAAAUCGGUGAAAUUUGUGGCUUAUACAAAACGAUGGUUGUUGUAAGUCCAUAUACUUCAAUAUAUCUUUACGGCGUUGAAGUGGGAGCAAUAUUAUACCUAGACGAUGGAGAGACAGUAUUGGGAAGGGUUGGGGAAAUUGUGCGGCCUUUACGAUUCUUAGUUGAAAUGUCCACCCACAGAGAAGUUACCGAUUUAGCAGUACGGACACCAGUUUAUAUGCGAAAAUUCUUAUUAGCUCGAAGUCAAAGGAAUACAGCAGUUUUUGAAAGAGAAAGAACCUUGCAAUGUUUUUAUACAAAAAUCACCAACACUUUUUAUGGUGCCUAUCAAGUUGAAUAUUCGGAUUCAACUGCUCGUCAACUUAAGCUUCGUGAGAUGUACAGCGAGUUCCUUGAUGUGUUCCAUGGCCAUGGAAUACAAGGUUCUAGCGUGAAAAGUACCAUUGCUGGGGAAGAGCCUGAAGAUAAAUAUGAAACAAAAAUUCAUUUAAUUUAUCCUGAUUAAUUAUACUUUGAUUAUAUUUCAUUUCAUACAAAAAACAAUUUAGGACAAUUUCAUUCAGCGAAACACAAACAUUUUUUAUAUUAUUAAUGUCAAAUUUUUGGUGGUUAACAGUAAACUUUGAUUUACUAUAAA